CCUUCAAAGAAGAAGAUAAAAAUGAAGUCAACUGCAAAGUCAGCUAUGCACUCCACUGCAUACAAUUAUUGCUGAAUACCUUUACCUUGCAGCAUUAUUGCAAUAUUGCUUUCUCUUCCUUACAUUCUCAAAAUCCAAUCACUCACUCAUUCAUUUCCUGUUUUUCUGAUCAUCAUACCAUGGCUGAAGCACUUCUUUCUGGCUUCAUCAACGUUGUUCUUGAGAGGCUCAUUUCACGUGAGUUUGUCAACUUGGUGGUGGGCAAGAAGCUGGACAAGAAGUUGGUUGACAGGCUCAAGACUGCUAUCUUGGCUGCUAAAGCUCUGGCUUCUGAUGCUGAGCAGAAGCAGUUUGGAAACGAACUCGUCAGGGAAUGGCUUGAUAAUCUCAAGGAUGUUCUCUACACUGCUGAUGACCUGCUGGACCGUGUCUUCAUCAAAGCUCAAAUUCGCAGCAAGGUACGCACUCGGCUUCCUCACUUCCUUGAUUUGUCCGGUAGGAAGAUGGUGACCAAGAUAGAAGAGGUGGUUGAAAGAAUAGUAGAUCUUGAGAGAUGCAAAGAUACCCUUGGUCUGAGAGAUAUUCCAACGGGAAGCUCUUCAUGGAGACCUCCAUCCACUUCUCUUGUGAAGGGGAAUGUGUUCGGCAGGGAUGGUGACCAACAGGCACUAAUCAAGAUGCUCAAUGACAACAAUCAUCAUAACUUGUCCGUCAUCUCUAUUCUUGGUAUGGGCGGGAUUGGUAAAACUACUUUAGCACAAUGGCUCUACAACAAUAAGGAUUUGAUGGACGGGGUUGAUCUGAAAGUAUGGAUUUGUGUUUCUGAAAAUUUUGAUGUUGUUGAGACUACAAAGAAUGUUAUAAAGGGGAUCUCCUCAGGUGUUUGUAGUCUUGAUAGCUUUGAUUUACUUCAACAAGAUUUGAAGGAAAAACUGUCAGAAAAGAAGUUCUUCAUUGUUUUGGACGAUGUUUGGAGUGAAGAUACUAACAAGUGGAGUAGUUUUAUCACCCCUUUCCAACAUGGGAGUAAAGGAAGUACUAUUCUUCUAACUACCCGCAAGGAAAAUGUUGGUCCAAUAGUCCAACACUAUAACUCUCACACUCUCAAGGAACUGUCAGAUGAUUAUUGUUGGUCUAUUUUUGCAGACAAUGCGUCCUUUCCUGAAUCAAAUGGGAGCUCAGAACUGGAAGAAAUAGGUAGAAAGAUUGUCAAGAGGUGUGGUGGCUUGCCGUUAGCUGCAGAAACACUUGGAUGCUUGUUGCGCUCAGAGCAUCGUGUUGAAGAAUGGAAUAAAAUACUAUUCAGUGACAUUUGGGAAUUUCCGACGGCAAAUUAUCAUAAACUUGAUAAAGAUGAAUUAAUCUUGCUGUGGAUGGCUGAAGAUCUUUUACAACCACCAAGGAGGGGACAGACUUUAGAAGAAGUUGGUUGCGGGUGUUUUGAUGACUUGGCUUCAAGACUAUUUUUCAAGCAGGUUGAGAAUGAUGAUGAGAAGUAUUUUGUGAUGCAUGAUCUCAUGCAUGACUUGGCAACUUUUCUUGCUGGAGAUCUUUAUUGUAGAUUCUCAGAAGAACUUGGUGAAAUGGAAGAGAUGAGUAUUCUAACUCGUCAUUUGUCAUACGAUGAUUCAAUCCCUGAGAAAAUAUGCUCCACUAGUAAAAUAAAAUCUUUGAGGACAUUAUUGUAUAUCAAUCAAGGAGCUUGUACCUGGGAAGAUCACGCAACUUUACCAUGUUACAUAUUGUCAAAGAAUAAAUACUUGAGAGUUUUGUCCUUUGAUAGACUUAACAUAUUUCCUGAUUCAAUAUAUAAAUUGAUCCAAUUACGCUAUUUGGAUCUUUCUUGGAGUGAUAUUGAGGUAUUGCCGCAGUCAUUAUGCAAUUUGUGCAAUCUACAAACUUUAAAGUUAAAAUGUUGUUCUUUCCUAACUAUACUGCCUAGUAGCCUAGGUGAAUUGAUCCACCUGCGCUAUUUGGAUCUUUCUAGAAGUGAUGUUGAGACAUUGCCUGAGUCAUUGUGCAAGUUGUGCAAUUUACAAACAUUAAAGCUAGCAGGUUGUUCAGGGCUGACUAUGCUGCCUAAUGGCAUGUAUAACCUUGUGAAUUUGCGACAUCUUGAUAUAAGGGGUACUCCUCUGAAAGAAAUGCCAAAAGAAAUGGGCAAAUUAAAACAGUUGCAAAUUCUAAGCAGCUUUGUGGUGGGAAAGCAAGAAGACAAUAGAAUCCAAGAGUUAGGAGGGCUUUUAAAUCUUCAUGGAUCACUUGAGAUUCAGAAAUUGGAGAAUGUUGUUGAUGCCAAUCAGGCAAGGAGUGCAAGGAUAAUAGAUAAGAAGCACAUUGACGAGUUGUUGUUGGAAUGGUCUCUGUCUUCAGGUGAUGUUAUGGCUUCAGACGCCCAAACUGAAAGAGAUAUACUCCACAGCUUACAACCUCACAACGGCUUGAAAGAGUUGAGAAUAUGGGGAUACAAGGGUACAAUAUUUCCAGAUUGGUUGGGGCACUGUUCCUACCAAAACAUGACAAGUGUAUCUCUCAAGUCUUGCAAGAAUUGCUGCAUGCUGCCCUCACUUGGACAGCUGCCUUCUCUUCAGUCCCUCCGCAUUCAAAAUUUUAGUCAGCUGAAGAGUGUUGGCAUGGAGUUUUACAAGAAUGAAGGCCAGCAACAUUCUUCGCCUAUUGCACCGUUUCCCUCACUGGAGCGUUUGGAGUUUCAUAACAUGCCAUGUUGGGAGGAGUGGCACUUACCUGACUCAGAAGCUUUUCCUCAGCUUAAGAGGCUUGAAAUAAGAGAUUGUCCAAUGUUAAAGGGAGAUAUGCUUAAUCAGGUAUUAAUGAAAAUCGUUUUUUCUUCCUCGGAUGUUUCCAAAGUGCGCCAACUGAAAAUACAAGAAGAUCAUCAAGGAUGGGGUAAACGAAUGACACUUGAUAGGGAUAGUUUAUCAAUUCAUGGAUUUGAAUCUGUGUUAGAGUAUGCAUUUAAGGCAAGGAUCAUCCACCAUCUAACUUCCCUACAAGAAGUACAUAUCUCAAGGUGUUCGUCUGUUGUAUCCUUGGGGGGCAAUUGUUUACCCAAAUCUUUGCAAAAGCUCAGAAUAUAUAGGUGCAGCCAAAUUGAAUUACUCCAGCAACAACACAAGUAUGAUUUGGUAGAUCUACAGAUAGAAGAGAGUUGUGAUUCACUGACCUCAUUAUCAUUGGAUGCCUUUCCCAAUCUCAAGAAUCUCCAGAUAGAUGGGUGUUCAAAUCUGGACUCAAUUUCGAUGUCAGAGCCGCCACACGCUGCUCUUCAACGUCUCUCCAUCUUUCAUUGCCACAAAUUUGUGUCAUUUCCGGAAGAAGGACUGGCUGCACCCAACUUGACUCAUCUCAGCAUCAUAAAAUGCCUCAAGUUGGAGGCAUUGCCACGUGGCAUGAAUAGUCUUCUCCCAAAUUUACAGUCUCUCGACAUACUACGUUGCCCAAACAUUUGUAGGUUGCCAGAGGGAGGUUCGCCGCCUAACCUGAAAGAGCUUAGUGUAGGAGAAUGCGAGGAACAACUGAGGGGUCUUUCAUGGUUGGGCAACUUGGACAACCUCACUCAUCUCACCAUUACUGGUUUUGGGUGUCGGAGCAUAAUAGAGUCAUACCCAGAGGUGGGUUUGCUGCCUCGCCUUCCCUCCCUUACCACUUUACAUAUCGAAAAGUUUGAUAAUCUGGAGAUAUUCAACUGCAAUGAGCUUCUCCACCUCACCUCCCUCCAACAAUUACACAUUGAGAAAUGCUCAUUGCUGAAGAACAUGGCAGGAGAAAAGCUGCCUUCUUCCCUCUUACUACUCAACAUUAAGAGAUGUUCAUUGCUGGGAAAACACUGCAAGAACAAGCAUCAACAAAUUUGGCCCAAAAUUUCCCACAUCCCCAUCAUUCAAGUCGAUGGAGAAGAAAUCUUCUGAAGAAAUUUUUAAGCAGAGAACGAAGACAUGAAGGAGAAAGUUGGAGUGACACUUAUUAUUGAAAAGCUUUUGUUGUCAAGAGUCAGCUGUUGUGAUGCAAGAUCCAUAUAGGACAGUAAAAGGAAUCAGCAUGAACGAGAUUUCCCAAGGUGAUGAGGGUAUGUAGCUAAUGCGGUCAAGAUACGAAGAAUAUGCUUUCCACAUUUAAAGAUGACAAUCAUAUACAUGAAAUAGUCAUUAGAAGGAGAAGUUGUAGUGAUGCCAUCAGCAACAGUUUCAUUCCUAUCAACUUCACUCAAUGGAAGUACAUUUGAGAUUUGGUAACCAUAUCUAAAUUAUCUUCGUUCAGUCCAAAGUUCAUCAGAAGAGGUGCUCUGUAAUUUUAGCUUCAGUCACUAUAAAUCUGCAGUUGGAGAGUGGUUCAAUCUUGGUUUUGGCUAAAAUUUUGAUAGCAAGUUCUGGAUGUACCUUUUCAUUCUAAAUGGUUGGACGAUUAAGAUAAGAUUUGGAGGGUGAGAUAUGGCUUGCGCGCGCAAAGUAGCUCUGGUUUUGUAAAUUUUUCAUGUUUUUGGUUCACAUUUAUAUGCAUUGGUCCUUGGUUGUUUUGAUUUACUAUAAGCAUGAUUUGUGCACUCAUUUGAGAUUCUCUUGUAUCCUUACUUGAUUAUAGUAAUACUUCUUUUUUGGUCUGAAUGACCCUUGAUUUUUA